GGAUUAGGCAUUUAUCUUCAAAGCAGCCUCCACCUUCUUCUCCCAACUUCAUAUCUCCCAUAACAUCUGAAAGGAACACAGCAUUGGAAUGGAAUCUGAGCAGCAGCUAUAGAACUGUUACUGGUGCUGCAUUUUUUAUUUUCUUACAUCAGCCGACAACCUGCAAGUUUCUCCUCAUCGCCAAAGGAAUCUUCCUUGGGUUUAGAUCACAACCCCUCCAAUCCAGUUUUUUGUAAUGAGUAGUCAGGAUUUACCUUUCCAAUAUGAUGUUGGAAGAAGAAGCACUUACACGGGGCGUGGCCAAGAGGUGCAAGUUGAUAACAUCAAAGCAUAUGUUUGCCAACCUCCUUCCAACACGGACAAAGCUGUGAUUGUGAUUCACGACAUAUAUGGAUGGCAAUUCCCAGAUACCAGAUACAUUGCUGAUAUGGUUGCGGCUAAAGGAUACAUAACCAUAUGCCCAGAUUUCUUCCUGGGAAAAGAACCAUGGAAAACUACUGAUCGUUGGCAGAAUUUUGCGGACUGGUUAAAGCACCGAGAUCCCACAAAGGUGGACAAGACAGCUGCUAUUUUCAUGAAGUAUCUUAAGGAGCAGUACAAUGCAAUGAAAAUCGGUGUCAUUGGAUUUUCUUGGGGUGGAAUGGCUGUACAUCACUUGAUGUUGACAAAUCCUGAUUUUCAAGCUGGGGUAUCCCUCUAUGGAAUCAUCAGAGACUCUGAAAGUAGGUAUAAUUUGCUGAAUCCUACCUUUUUCAUGUUUGGUGGAAAAGAUCACACCAUUUCUUCUGAUCAGGUCACUUUGCUGGAGGAAAAACUGGCAGAAUACUGUAGAGUGCCCUUUAAAGUCAAAGUCUAUCCUGGACAAGAACAUGGUUUUGCUCAGUUAAAGCCCGAAGACAUGAAGCCUGAAGAUCAGCCUUACAUAGAGGAGGCAAGAAUGGAUAUGAUUGACUGGCUGAACAGAUACAUUAUGUUUUGAAACUUGAAUAUGUCACAUUAUUUCCUCGCGCACCCCCCACCAAAAAAAUGCAAUUUGUUUCCCCCCUCUAAAAUAUUUCUAGAUUGUGGUGCUAUCUAUCGGAGAAAAGAGAAGAUAUACU